AUGGGCUUUCUGAGUGCUUUUCUAUUUUUGCCACAUGAAAUUAAAGGGUAUGGUGCCACAGAAGCCAGCCCGGCGUGUUCCUUGCCUCAAUCAGACGUGCGAACGUUUCGGUCCGGUUCUGUCGGCGUUUUGGUUGCAAGCACAGAGUGUAAGGUUUUAGACCCGCAAUCCGGAAGGGAACUGGGUCCAAACCAAGAUGGCGAACUUUGCUUCCGCGGAUGUCAAAUCUUCAAAGGCUACCUAAACAAUCCCGAAGCCACGGCUGCUGCCAUUGAUAAGGAGGGGUGGUUUCACAGCGGUGACAUCGGCCACUAUGACGAAGACCAGAACAUUUACGUCAUCGACAGAAUCAAAGAAUUUAUCAAGUACAAAGGGUUCCAGGUGGCACCAGCAGAGCUAGAGGGCUUGUUGUUAACGCACCAUGCCGUAGCAGACGUUGCGGUAGUUGGACGUCCUGACGAAGACGCCGGAGAGCUGCCCAUGGCGUUCAUAGUCCUAAAACCGGGACAGACAGCCACUGAAACGGAGAUUGCUAAUUUUUUAGCAGCCAAAGUUGCCCCGAUAAAGCGCCUUCGAGGUGGAGUUGAGAUUGCCCAGGAAAUUCCAAAGACUGCAAGCGGGAAAAUUCUGCGUAGAGUUCUAAGUGAAGAAUUGCGAAAGAGGGCGUUGCAGCUGAAAAAAUCCAAGCUAUGA